UCCAAAUAAAAAUUUUGCUUUUCAAACAGCUUCUUGCUUCGAUGAUCAUGGAAAACUCGAGCCAGAUUUUGCAUGAUAUUCGGCAUUACAUCACCGAUUGGAAUCCCAGUAUAGCAGAAAUUGAUCUUUUGGUUCAGUCCUUAUUCAGAAGCGUUCACUACAUAGAGGGCGAUCUCAACGAAGAAGAUCUCUUGAAUCUCGAAAUCAUCAUUCAACAAAUUAACAAUUUGGACACGGGCACACUGAUUCGAGCUCAGCAUUCUCCUUCCUUCUCUUCGAAUUUGGCGGGGGCAAUUGAAAAUCUAUUUGCCCGAAUCAAUACGAAUAAAGUCAACAACCCAUUUGAUAGAGAGAUGACAUCUCAAAGAACCAAAUUAGAAUUGCCGUUUAUGUCGGCGGCAUCGUGGGAUCGUUGGAAUGAGAAUGAGACCAUUAUGGGAUUUACCAUCACAACAAACAACAACGCUAUUAUUAAAUCGACUGUUUUGACUUCGUCAACGAGUUAUGCAGAUAUUCAAGAUUCCAACGUCGCUACCUUCCUCCCAUUUCAACAGUUCGAUACUGGAAAGGAGCAAAUAACGUUUACCGCUUGUCCUGACACCCGAUUAAUUGACGCUUCGGCAGCAUCCGGAAAGUUUUCUUCUCCGAUUUUCGCAUAUGACUUAUCUCAACCGGAUGGAUGGUCGCGAAGUGAGGAUUUGUACACUGGGAAUGGCGGAAUGAUUCAAGUUCGUCUAAAUCCUGCUCCACCACGACUGCAUAAACCCAUCAAAAUUUUAUUCCGACCGAAAUCUAAAACUACGGAAGAAACUAAACACCUCCUCCGCUGUGUGUUUUGGAACGAACAAAUGGAUUCAGGGAAUGGUGGUUGGUCUACCGACGGAUGCUGGUACGAAGGCACCGAUCAAAACGGCAUGGCAAUUUGUCUGUGCAAUCACUUAUCCACCUUCACCCUUCUUGUCUGUCGCUCGGAGAAAGAACUGCAGUCUACUGUUCAUGGAGGAAUCUUAAAUAUCAUAACUAUUAUCGGUUCGUUAGCUUCCAUUUUAGGACUGUCACUCAUUUUGGCUACAUUCAUCUUAUUCCCGUCAUGGCGGAAGCCUCUGGGUCACAAAAUCCUGUUUCAAUUAUCAGCAGCCUUAAUAUUUUUACUCUUGACAUUCUUUGGUGUGGAUUCCGUCGAUAACGUUAACGCUUGCCGAUUAGUUGGCAUAUUUUUGCACUACUUUCUGGUGUCUUGCUUUUCCUGGAUGACGGUCGAAGCUUAUUAUCAAUAUCGACGUCUUGUUAUAGUGUUUGGGUCUUACAUGCCUCGUUUUUUGUUAAAAGCGUCAAUCGUAGCGUGGGGUUUUCCAAUUAUUCCCGUCACUUCUGUUCUUAUUUGUGACGUGGAUUCGUACAAAGGAAGCGAAGGGUAUUGUUGGUUAAGUCAUCCAACCGCCUUUUAUUCGGCAGUGCUGGGCCCUCUUGUUUUUCUCAUGUUAAUAAACCUCACCAUAUUCGUUUUGGUGGUUAGGAGCAUUAUCGCAGCCGGACGUGGACUGCGCACCAAUCAGUCCGAAAGUAAACAGAUCCGAGAGAAACUUUUGGCUUCUUUCCUGAAUUUUGUUUUGUUGGGGCUAACUUGGAUUUUCGGAUUUUUCGCUAUCGGCGCAACCAAUGCCGUGAUUUUCUCCUACUUGUUUUGUGUAACAUCAUCUUUGCAGGGCUUCAUCAUCUUCGUCCUCUAUGUUGGUAGGGAUCCAUCUGCACGUAAACAUUGGUUUAUGUGUAUCGGAGUUAUCGCGUCAAAGUCUAGGAAUUGGUCGAAUAUCCUCCAAGCCAAAUCCCCUGAUUCAAAAUUUGGAAAUAGUGCCUUCUACUAUGAUGUAACGUCCGAAUCUGGUCUUACUACUACCACAACAGAAAAUUGUCCAACUUCUCCACUGAGAACAUCUUUUUCUGAUUUUCAACACGUUAUGGCAGUCCCUUGUAGCAUUGAAGUUCGAGUAGCUCAACGACAACCAACAAAGAAUGCAAACUGAUACGCCGCUGCCCGCUGAUACCACUCAAGAUAAUAGAACGCGCCUGAAUACAGAUCUAGUAUUAAUAGGUUAAUUGUAAUUUACUCUGCCGCUGUGUUAUAGAAUUUUUAUUUCAUGUUGUUUAAAACGGAGACCUUGCUCUAAUAAAAUCUGGUCGUGAA